CGCUCCCUCCCACAAUCGCCCACUCUCAUAUUCAGUCGCGGCAGAACUCAUGUUGGGAUAACGGUGUUAUCUGGGAAUGAUGCCGGCGGUUAGAGCCGUGGGAAUCGGACUGCUCUGCGCGAUGCUUGUCGCCCUCAUGCCGGGUGGCAUGUCGGACUUGGUGACUCUGGUGCAGGACCCGGUCCGACCCGAAUCGUCACUGCUGAUGCCAAAAGUCAUGAUCGCCAUUCUGGCUCGCAACGCAGCGCACAGCCUGCCGCACUACCUGGGCUGCAUCGACAGGCUAGACUACCCGAAGGAGCGGAUAGCUAUCUGGGCAGCGACAGACCACAGUGUGGACAACAGCACAGCCAUGCUGAGGGAGUGGCUGAAGCAGGCUCAGGACCAGUACCACUAUGUGGAGUGGAGACCUAUGGAGGAGCCCAAGUCAUAUACUGAUGAGUGGGGGCCCAAGCACUGGCCUCCGUCCCGCUUCAACCAUGUGAUGAAACUGAGGCAGGCUGCUCUUAAGGCAGCACGGGAACGCUGGGCAGAUUACAUACUGUUUGCAGACGGUGAUAACCUGCUGACCAACCCAAAGAUUCUCAACCUGCUCAUGGCUGAGAACCUGACUCUGGUAGCUCCCAUGCUAGAGUCACGCUCUCUCUACUCUAACUUCUGGUGUGGCAUCACCCCACAGGGUUACUACAAACGUACCCCUGACUACCAGCCAAUCAGGGAGUGGAAGCGUCUGGGUUGCUUCGCUGUACCCAUGGUGCAUUCUACCUUCCUGCUGGACCUGAGGCGUGGCGCCAGCAGGGAGCUGGCCUUCUACCCCCCUCACCCUGACUACAGCUGGGCCUUCGAUGACAUCAUGGUGUUCUCCUUCUCUGCCCGGCAGGCAGAUGUGCAGAUGUACGUGUGUAACAGAGAGCACUAUGGCUUCCUGCCGGUUCCUCUGAAGGCCUCGCAGAAUGUUGACGACGAGAAGGAGAGUUUCACACACACCAUCGCUGAGGCCAUGAUUGAUCACAACAUAGCACCCUCAGAGUACCUGUACAAUCCCGAGAUGCCGCAGGACAAGAUGGGCUUUGAUGAGAUAUUCCUGAUCAAUCUGAAACGUCGUCUGGACAGGAGACAGCGGAUGUUGAGCACCAUGGCCUCUCUGGGUCUGCAGGCCACCCUCACUGACGCAGUGGACGGCAAGGCUCUGAACUCUUCUCAGCUGCAGGCGUUGGGUAUAGAGAUGAUUCCAGGUUAUAAGGACCCGUACUCUGGCCGUGUUUUAACCAGAGGAGAGAUAGGCUGCUUCCUCAGCCACCACUCCACCUGGGUACAGAUGGUGGAGCGUGGUCUUUCCAAGGUGCUGGUGCUGGAGGAUGAUGUGCGCUUUGAGCCCAGGUUUAAGAGACGAAUGAUGACCAUCAUAGAGGAAGUAGAGAAGGCCCAGCUGGACUGGGAUCUCAUCUAUGUUGGGCGUAAGCGUAUGCAGGUGCACCAGCCGGAGCAUUCGGUGGAAGGGGUUAAUAACCUGGUGGAGGCUGACUACUCUUAUUGGACGCUGGGCUAUGCCCUGUCAGCGCAGGGUGCCAGGAAGCUGCUGGCUGCUCAGGCCUUCAGCAAGAUGUUACCUGUCGAUGAGUUCCUCCCUGUCAUGUUCAACAAACACCCCAAUUCUGACUUCAUGUCUCACUUUGAGCCUCGGGACCUGAAGGCCUUCUCUGUGGAGCCCCUCCUCCUGUACCCCACCCACUACACAGGCGAGCCGGGCUACGUGAGUGACACAGAGACCUCCACCAUCUGGGACGACGAGGCCACCGCCACCGACUGGGACCGCCUGCACCAGCACGACAGGAAGACAGAGCAGCAAGGCCGCAUCCACACCGUGGCUCAGAACAGUGUGACGGGAGACUCACCUCCGCCCGCCGCCCGCUCCACACGAGAUGAACUCUGAGAAAGAAGAGAGAGAGACUUGUAGACGUGUUUUUGCACAGACACACACACGGACACACACACACGGACAUUCACAUUCACACACUGAUGUGCAUACGCAUGCACACACACACACUCACACACACACACACACACACACACACACACACACACACACACACACACACACACACACAUCCAACUGGAUACACAGUGAACUACUCUGCUCAGUGCUUUUUCUCAUUGGCUAUCUGCUGUCUACUAGCAUAUUAGCAGGCUGAGAUGUGAAUCCCAUUGGAUGCCUGGUGAGGGGCGGAGUGGUCUGUGCACUGAGGAAGUGGGCCCAGGACCUCAGAUGUAUUUAUUCCCCAUGCGCUCUACAGUCUGACACACACACACACACACACACACACACACACACACACACAAACAAAAACACACACACCAAACACAUACACACACACAGUCAGAGAGAGACCUUGCAGAGACGCAGAGAGAAGGACACGGGGGACCUGAACACCCACACCAUGCAGGGACGAUGUGAGAGAGAGAGACAGAGACUGGACGACCUGAGACUGCAACAUGUGGAAGACAGAUAUUGCUGUUUGCAGUACAGAGAUAAAACUAACAAACCAAUGUUUAUUGUAUUGUUAAAAAAGGAGGAUUAUUGUAAUUUAAAAAUAACAUGUGGUUUAUGGGCAGCCCAGGGAAUAAAGGAAUCUUACAGCUGUCUGAAA